AUUGACAGCGCCGGCAGUAGUGGUGAGCAUAAGUCGAGCGAUGAGGAGGAGGGCGAAGAUGAAGAGGACGAGGAGGUGGUGGACAGCAGUAGUGGCGAAGAGGUUGAGGACGAGGAGGAACGGGAGGAAAGUUCCGACGAUGAGAUCGAUGAGGAAAUGGAUGACAAUGAGAGCAACGCCUCCGCCUCUUCCGCGCCAAAGCCGAGCGUAGGCCGAGGCGGACGGCGCCGUCGCACCGGUAGGUCUGGUCCGCAGCAACGCCUCACGCGCUCUAUGACUAAGCAGUCGUCCACUGAAUCGCCGAAAGGACUCACGAAUAGCGACGAGAAGGCGAUGUCGACAACCAGCGGGUCGUCCUCUAAGACACCGGCGGAUGAGCUCAUGAGUAGCGAUAACAAUGAUGGCGAGAGUGGCGGUGCUGUGAGCGGCGGCACCGGUAGGGGUGGAUAUGUUGUCGUCAACGGGAAGAGAAAGCGUAAAAAGAGAGGUCGAGGGGCGGCCUCCUAUAUGGCACGUAUGCGCACAAAAUCGCUGCCCAAAGCGCCGGUAACUAAGACGGAGCCCGAAUCGGAUGCCGACUCGUCGGACAUGGAGGUGCAGAACGACGGCAAGUGUUGUGUCCCGGACUGCGACUCGACGGGCCAUCUGAGCGGCAAA